CGCUAUGAUAUAAAAGUCCGAGGUUUGUCGAAUGAUGUACAUUGGUGGUAGUCAAUCCGAACAGAAUCAUGAUGCAAACCGUUGUCCUCCUUCUCUGUGUAGUAGUUAUUGGUAAUGCCGAGGUCUUACAGAUAUGGCAACCUGGAAAAGAUCUUAUGAAUGAAGACAGUCUAAAGCAUUUGACAAAUACCAGCAGAAUCAUCCAGGGACAGAAUGCAGAUAUUGCAGAUUUCCCAUGGCAGGUGUCCCUCAGAACGUCCAGUGACAGUCACACAUGUGGAGGAAUCAUUCUUACUGAUACAUGGAUUCUGACAGCUGCCCAUUGCACACAAGGUUCAGGUUACACAAUCAGAGUAGGAAACACUAACAGAAACAACGGGGAGAGAUAUCAAGUUAGAAGAGUAAUCAAUCAUGCAAACUACAAUGACGGAAGCGGAACAAUUUCCAACGACAUAUCCCUGAUAGAGUUGAGUUCAUCUCUGUCAUUUGGUCCAACAGUUGCUCCGAUAUCACUCCCACCUGCAGGACAACUGUUCGAGAGUGCAUCUUGUGUAAUCACUGGUUGGGGAAGAACAUGUGGAACAUGUGGUUUACCAACAAUCCUACAGAAACUAAACACACUUGCCCUUCGUAAUACAGAGUGUGCCAAUUACAUGUCACCAAUAAGUGGAGUGAACCUGCUGUCAAGCCAUAUCUGUGUCCACAACCAAAACAGCAACCCACAGGACGGUGCCUGUAACGGUGACAGUGGCGGUCCUAUGACAUGUACAAUAAGUGGUCAGACGUACGUGGCGGGUGUGACAUCAUGGGUUAUAUCAUCUCAGUCAACGGGAUGUCUACCUGAUUACCCAAGCGUGUAUACACGGGUAACAUCAUUCCUCUCAUGGAUCAGACUCUACGUGUCGGGUGUUUAAUUCAUUACAAUUAAUACGCAAUAAAGUAUUCUUGAACAUU